AUGUUGUCGCACAUCAUUGGUAAACAGCCCGCUUACAGGGCUAGCAGCCGUCUUAUCAGAUUAGCCUCCACGAGCGGUCAGGCAAGGACUACUAGUGUGGAGGAUGUGGGGUCCAGUGCUGGAAGCACUGGACCCACCUCCUUCAAGACCGUGAAAGUUAUCGACACUCAGUACAAUGAUAAGCCCACGGUGGUUAUAUUGGGGUCUGGGUGGGGUGCUAUUUCGUUUUUGAAGCACAUCGACACGAAGCAGUAUAACGUCUCCAUCAUAUCGCCCCGGAACUAUUUUCUUUUCACGCCAUUACUGCCAUCUACGCCGGUCGGGACCGUGGAUGAAAAAUCGAUUAUCGAGCCAGUGGUCAACUUCGCAUUGAGGAAAAAGGGCAACGUGUCGUACUACGAGGCGGAAGCCACGUCCAUAAACCCUGAUAGAAAUACUGUCACCGUCAAAUCGCUUUCAACAGUGCAGCAGUUGACGAAAGAUGAAAAAUUCCUGGGUAUCUCACAGCAGGACGCAGCGGAGAUCAAGUAUAACUAUUUGAUCUCAGCUGUUGGUGCGGAACCUAACACUUUUGGUAUUCCUGGUGUUGAGAAAUACGGUAACUUCCUGAAAGAAAUUCCCCAUUCUCUGCAAAUCAGAGAAAGGUUUGCAAGUAAUUUGGAAAAGGCGAAUUUACUGCCAAAGGGUGACCCAGAAAGAAAAAGAUUACUGACGCUUGUUGUCGUAGGUGGCGGUCCGACUGGUGUUGAGACUGCAGGUGAAUUGCAGGAUUAUGUUCACCAGGAUCUCAAGAAGUUCUUACCAUCUCUGGCUGAAGAUAUUCAAAUCCAUUUAGUUGAAGCUUUGCCGAUUGUUCUUAACAUGUUCGAGAAAAAACUGUCUUCGUAUGCUCAGUCGGUUUUGAGGAAAACAUCCAUCAAAAUCCAUUUAAAGACGGCCGUGGGUAAGGUCGAGGAGAAACAUUUGAUUGCAAAGACUAAAAAUGAUGAUGGAUCAGUAACAGAAGAAAUUAUCCCAUACGGGACAUUGAUUUGGGCCACUGGUAAUAAAGCUAGGCCAAUUGUUACCGAUCUUUUCAAGAAGAUUCCUGAACAAAAUAGUUGCACAAGAGCCCUUGCGGUGAAUCAAUUCUUACAAGUCAAAGGUUCGAAUAAUAUUUUUGCUGUUGGUGAUAAUGCAUUUGCAGGUUUACCACCCACUGCUCAAGUGGCUCAUCAAGAGGCCGAAUACUUAGCUAAGAACUUCGAUAAAAUGGCUCAAUUACCCGAUUUUCAUGCUAAGUUGACUAACGAAACUUCAAAACCUGAUUUACUAUUCGAAAAAAAUGGCUUUAAACCUUUCAACUAUGUUCAUUAUGGUGCUUUAGCCUACCUGGGUGCCGAAAAGGCAAUCGCCAAUAUUACUUAUGGCAAGCGCUCCUUCUAUACUGGCGGAGGUUUGAUUACCUUUUACAUUUGGAGAAUCCUAUAUCUGACAAUGAUUUUAUCUGCAAGGUCAAGAUUUAAGGUCAUUGCUGAUUGGAUGAAAUUAGCUUUCUUCAAGAGAGACUUCUUCAAGGGAUUAUAA